CAUUGCCCCCUUGCCGAAUCUGGGUGACAAGUUGGGGCGAAUUGAUGGGUGAAUUUCUAUUGGGGUGGUGAUGAAAUUCACCCGAGCAAAAGCACCGCAAACGUCACAUCACGUCCCAUGCAGCCCACAUCGCAACUAAUAGGGGUCGGAGUGUGGGAGGGAUGCAUGUCCUCGUCGGAACCGAGCGCGUGUCGAUUCAGCUAUUACAGAGGUCGAGACUUCCAAGGCAUAUGUCGUCUUAGUCCGUCUCGUUCGCAGUUUUUGCACUCAUCCAAUGAUCCCAUGAUCCCAUGAUCCCAUGAUCCAGGGGUAUUAAUUAAUUAUCGCUUACUCCGGACUGAAUCAUCGAGUCCGGCCGCCCUUGGUGCAUUGCAACUGCUCCAACUGAUCAGGAUAAUCCCUCACUCCUAUUACCACAUCUGGGGCAUCUUUCGGGUUUCGUCCAUUCCUCUCAUCAUCACUUCCUCCAUCUCGUUGUCUCUCUUCACAGCUCCGUAAUGGCUUUCAACCGCUUCCGCCCGACCGGCCACUUCAUCGCGCCGCACUCGUGGUCCAACGACCCGUGCGGUGCCGUCUACGUUCCCGAGACGAAAGAAUACCUAGUCUGUUACCAAUGGAACCCAGGGACCUCAGACGGGGGUAACUGCGCUUGGGGCAUGGCGAGAAGCAAAGACUUGGUCAUUUGGGAGGACUGUGCACCAGCCAUCCGGAACGGGCCAUCGUACGAUUCCCUAGGCGUCUUCUCAGGAUCCAUCGUCUCGAGACUGAUCGAUGGGGAAAGAGUCCUGUUUCUCUUCUACACCAGCGUCUCGGCUCUUCCCAUCCACUGGUCCAAGCCCUACAUCUGGGGAUGCGAGUCUCAGUCAGUCGCCGUCUCGACAGACUUUGGGAGGUCGUGGCACCGGUCCCACGACAAUCCUCUCCUCAGUAUGCCCCCGAAGGGGGAGGCCACCACCGGAUGGCGCGAUCCAUUUGUCUCGCAGUGGUCAUCCCUCUCCACGCUGCUGGGGGUCGGGCAAGAAACCAGCUACAUGAUGAUAGCCUCCGGGGAGCGAGGGCGCGGGCCCCAGUUACACCUCUACAAGUCCCAUGACCUUUGCAACUGGGAUUAUCUUUCAGUCCUGCUGGACGUUAAGCGCGGGUCAAAGAUCUCGAAAAACAGUCGUCUCCGCUUCGGAAACAAUUUCGAGUGCGCCAGCUUCUUCUCCGCCGGCCAGAUGAACUACAUCUUGCUCGGGGUCGAGGAAGACGAGGACAGCUUGAGGCAUAACUACCACUACACCCUCUGGCUCUCGGGGACUCUGCGUCUCGAGGACGGGAAGCCUCGAUUCGAUAUCUCAGGUCACGGGUUGGCAGACCAUGGAAUUUCGUACGCCCCACACAUCUUCCGAGACUCGAAAGACCGACUGAUCCAACUGGGAUGGGCCGACGAAGCUGCAAAAAAGCACGUGGUCAAGGGCCAGGGAUGGGCUGGAUGUCUGGCACACCCAAGAGAACUAUUUGAGGUGUCGAAGCCCAUCGUCCCUGGCACGGCUAUGGACGCCCCUGAGUGGACUCUUCACAAGUCCUCGGGCAGAAUGACAACCCUCGGGAUCCGACCCGCUCCCCAGGUCGCACACCUCAGACGCCAGUCUAGCCUCUCAUCACUGAAGGCCUUCGUCGGGAUUCGCGCGACAACCUGCGAAGUCGAAGCGACAUUCUUCAAUCUCUCCGGCACGGAGAAGUUCGUCUUCAACGUCUUCGAAUCGCCCGGUUCAGUCGAAGUCACAAAGCUUGUAUUCGACCUUGGAAACGGCCGCAUCACCGUCGACCGAAGCCAGUCAUCGCUCUCGAAACUCGGGGCCGACACUCCCGACUCUGGGUGCUUCCGGCUACUGCCCGGCGAGGACCUCAGUGUCAAGUUCUUCCUCGACGUGUCCCUCGUGGAGAUAUACGCAAACGACCGGUUCGCCCUCACUUCACGUGUCUAUCCCAGCUUGGACACGUCUAGGUUCGCCUCGUAUGACUUGGGGGCUUUUGAUGAGAGGAAUGUGCAGUUCGAGUGCUGGGAAGAUCUGAAGGUGGCCUGGCCGGCUCGGAGAUCCGGUCGUGGUGUUCUCGAAGAGCCGCGCUCAAUCGCCGACUUGAAGAGUCAGGGCGAGAGAAUCCAUGUGAAGACGCUGACUAUGCAUACGGUGGACUCUGUAGAGUAAUUACCCACGUUUGGUUCCAUAGCUUCAAGUCUUUUUGCAGCCCUCUGACUAUGUACAGUACAUACUCUUUAAAAUGAUUCCAACGAGAUGCGCAAUUGGGUGAGACCUUUC